AUGCUCCACGAAUCUCAGCUCCCGCGCUCUUGCGACCGCUGCCACGCCCUCAAGGAGAGGUGCCAGCGGCUGCCCGGCGCGCCCAAGUGUGACCGCUGCGAUCGCCUGCAGCUGCCAUGCCAGUCGAAUCGUCCCGUGAAGCGGCCAGGCCGGCGACCACGGCCGUACCAUCACCUGCGGACGGCCUCCAAGCCGGCCGCGUCCUUGAACUCGACCGAAGAGUCUCUGCCUACGCCUCCGGCAGAAGACAAGGACAAGGAAAAGUGGCACUCACUCUGCUCCAGCCUGACCCGCCUCGCCGACUCGCCCCCCAUCGACGACGAUGUGCACAUUAUGCAGCGCAUCCUCUCCGACGAGUUCCUCCAGCAGUUUGUGCUGCCGAGCUUCUGCGAGGCCCAUCGCGAGACCCUCGUUUCGCAGUUCUUUGCCUCGCGCUCGAUCGUCAAGGACGCGUAUGUGGCCUGUGCCAUCUCCAUGCCGGGCCCAGGAGAGGACGUCAGCGUCCCGCUCGACGAUAUGCGCCUCGCGAGUAGUUACCGCAGGGCUUCUGCUGCGUUGUCCGUCCUUCGCACCAUCAAAAUCAAGGGUGAGCACGACGUGCCCUUGUGCCUGGCCUUGGGCGGGGCGCUGCUCACCUUUGCGCUGCGCGUGGGUGGCUCUGAUGCCCAUGCAAUAUGCAGCAACGUCCUCGGCAUGGCCAAGGACCUCUACGAGCAAAAAGGCGGUGCCAUUCCCGUCGACCUUGGCUUCCUCACGUGUCUGGUGCUCACCGAGACGUCGGAGUGCUUGCUGCGUGGGGGUGUGCCUACGUUGAGGUUGAGGCCGCCGGCUGCCAGCGUGGACCGCUACAUCGGGCUGACCCAGACGCUGAUGCCCUACUUUUACGAUCUGUGCGUGCUGAGCACAGGCAUGGCUCAAGAUCCAGGGGAUGACACGGCCGAGCGACUGGACGCCCUGGAGAGGGAGAUCCGCAACUGGCUACCCGACACCCCGGAUGGCUUCAUCAACAACUACUCCGCCACAGAGGUCUCGCGCAUGACAUGCCAGGCCACCGUCAUGCAGACGGCUGCCCUGCUCGUCAUCCAUCGGCUACGGCAUCCCUUUGGGACGGAGCAAGACGCCGCGCGGGCCAUGUCCUCGAGCAUUCUCAAGCAGCUCGACCUCACGCGGCUCAUCACCGGCCAGACGCCCAGAAGCAUCGAUCUGGCGCUCGCCGUGGCGUGCCUCGAGGUUGAAGACGAAGCUGAGCGAUGGCAUCAUCUUCGCAGUGCCUCAUCGAUUGGCAUUUACUCUGGACUGUUCCGCAAGCGCAUGGCGGACUGGAUCACCAUGGUGUGGCAAGCGCGCCAGACACACUGCCCUCUUUACUGGUAUGACCUAGGUGCCGUUCACAGGACACCAUCUUGA